AUGAUUGUCCUGUCCGAAAACAAGGGGAGAUAUAUAUUUAACGACUUUUUCAAGGCAUGGGUAUUCAACACGGAUUUGCGAUACUCCUUCAAGGAUACCUCCAGCGCCUGCCGCUCUGUCUCUGCCAAGUGUGCAAUGAAAGUGUUCUACAAGCAUGUGGCCAAUGUGCAACCUCUGGUAAACCCAGAUCUGGGAAUGCCAUCUGUCACAUCCUUGGAAGAACUACGUCUUCCACUUCACAUAUAUCAAUGCAUAAAAGCUGUGCUGGAAAAGAGCACUAGACUAUUGCCUCCAUCGGGUAGAAAGUUUGGGGAAUGGGAGAUCGGACUCCUUGACCUUGAAUCAGCCUGA